CGGGUGCAUGCUCGGCAUCCCUGCGUUCGAUGAACCACAACAUGACAAGGAGCUUUACCAGUGGCGUUCCCAACUCGCGACGGCUAUGCGCAACGAUCGCGCCAGUGCGAAACACAGCGGCAGCGCGAUGAAAGUGGUGUCUCGCGUCGCCCAUGGCUUGAGCGUCGAGGACGACGCCCUGGAGAACGGCUUCUCGAAGGUUGUCGACGCCAUGAUGGUGGACGUUCGCGCAAAAUACGACGGUUUUGUUGUACGCCGCACGCUUGGUUCCCUCGACUGGGAGGGCAAGGCGAUUUCGGGCCUUCCCCCUUACGCGGAACACAUCCUUAUGCUCAAGUUGACCGGCGAAGAGUACAAGAACCUGGACACGAUCGCUAACGAGGCCGCGGAACUCAACCCAGGCGGUUCUAUCGCCUACAACAGCGGAAAACCCACCACCCUGGAGGCAGGAUGUGGGCUGAAGACGCCGGCACACCGCGCGUGCGUCUUGGACGCACGCCCGCCCCACCACCCUGGAGGCAGGAUGCGGGCUGAAGACGCCGGCACACCGCGCUCGUUCUAUCUCUCCGUGCGUCGCGCACUCCUCCAUCCAAGCUGUAAUGCGGAAUACAAGUGGACCCCGCCAACCUCACGUGAGGAGUGGGAGGCCAUAGCCACGGCCAAGAUCUCCGCACUUAUCACCAUAUUGAAGUAUCAUUUGGAGCAAGACGCCCGCCCGCCACUCGUCAGCGUGCCCGUGGAGGAUCCACCGCGUCCGCAGUCGCCCAGCUCUGACACCUCUAGUGAUGAACCUGCGGCCUAUGAAGAACGCCCUGCGAACAAUCUUGCCCCCGAUCCCGACGCCCAGCCUGAUCCGCGCGAUGCUCACAGCAAGCCAGACAAAAUCGUCGUCUAUGUCGCGUUCCCCUCGUGUUUCGACCCCCUCCUCAAAAUCCUGCAGAUGUACGGUAUCGAGUACGAGACCCUCACCGGCACCAUGAGCGGCCGUCGACGUGCCGAAGCCCUGCACAAGUUCAUGCAGUCCGAUGCAAAGGGCGUUCGUGUCCUGAUCCUCAGCAACGUCGGCGCGGUCGGGUUUAACAUUGCGUGUGCCAACAUUUUGAUCAUCAUUGAUACCCUCUGGUCUGCGCAGGAUGACAGCCAACUGAUCGGCAGACUCUGGCGCCAACGACAGUUAAAGCUAGUCCAUGUGUAUCGUCUGAUCGCCAGGAACACUUCCGACGUGUUCCUGAACAACAUAUCAUUCGACAAGUCGAUCAUGCACAAUGCGUUUAUGGGCUCCAGUCGUGCCCUCAGGCGCGUGUUCGACCCUAAAUACGAUCUCGACGUGGGAGACAAGGACUUGACGCAUGAAGAGGAACCCCAGGAGCUGCCGGAU